CUGUUUUUUCUGACUGCCUAUGAGUUUUUUGUCUACAUAUGGACAUUUGUUGAGAUUACUGUCCUUAUAUGGAUGCCUGAAGCUGUUGAUUAUGUUGUGGGAAAACUACUUGGAAAUGGAGGCAUUACAAUUCCAGAAUGGCCUUUUAUCUGCUUGUUGUGGGCCAUCCCACUGUAUUGUUCCCAUUUGGCAAAUAAUACUGACAUACUGUUGGCCUACUACCUCAACGGCAACGUAGAUACUGCUUCGCUGGACGUAAUGAGUGACUCUUCAAUCCAAGAUGGGAACGUGAGGAAAACAACAUCCUUUAACAACAGAUCACAGCGAAGUAAUCUCACUUACACGCUCAGACCUAGACCGCUUAGGUCAGCCAUAGCAUUGUGAGUCGGAAAACGGUGAAGUAAGCAGUACUGUAGGUGGAUUGUGUCUGUUUAUCAGAAUAAAAAUUGUGCUUGUGAUUACAUU